CAGUGACGUCAGAACGGCUGCGGAUUUGUGAGCGUGCGGUCACCGGUACGCUGCUUCUCCUGUUACACACAGUCAAUGGAGUGCUGUGGAUUAUUAACGUCACCAACAUCUCCAGCGUUCUGCAGAUCGUAGCAAGAUCUAAUCGUGUUGUUAUAGAGGACACCGUAAGGCUGAGUAACAUGUCAGUGGUCGGGUUUGACGUGGGCUUUCAGAGCUGUUAUGUUGCUGUGGCCAGAGCCGGUGGGAUUGAGACCGUCGCUAACGAGUACAGCGACAGAUGCACACCCGCCGUUGUAUCUUUCGGACCUCGGAAUCGGGCGAUAGGUGCAGCUGCAAAGAGUCAGGUGGUCACAAACUGCAAGAAUACUGUCCAAGGCUUUAAGCGAUUCCAUGGCAGGGCAUAUUCUGACCCAUCUGUCCAAUCAGCAAAGUCCAGCCUUGUCUAUGACCUUGCUCCUAUGCCCACAGGGACCACUGGCAUCAAGGUUAUGUACAUGGAGGAAGAGAAGGUGUUCAGUAUUGAGCAGGUCACCGCUAUGCUUUUGACCAAACUAAAGGAGACGGCUGAGGCUGCGCUCAAAAAGCCAGUGGCAGACUGCGUCAUUUCUGUUCCCAGCUUCUUCACUGAUACAGAGAGGAGAUCAGUUAUGGAUGCUGCACAGAUUGUUGGCCUUAACUGCCUGCGACUCAUGAAUGACACCACUGCAGUUGCCCUGGCAUAUGGCAUUUACAAGCAGGAUCUGCCUGCCCCUGAGGAGAAACCCAGGACCAUCGUGUUUGUGGAUGUUGGCCAUUCUACAUAUCAGGUUUCUGCCUGUGCAUUUAACAAGGGGAAGUUAAAGGUCCUGGCCUCUGCAUUUGACUCCGAGUUGGGUGGCAAAGAUUUUGAUGAGAAACUUGUUCAGUAUUUCUGCAAUGAUUUUGCCCAGAAGUACAAAUUAGAUGUGCGCUCAAAGCCUCGUGCCCUGGUGCGCCUCUACCAGGAGUGUGAGAAGCUGAAAAAGCUCAUGAGCGCCAACUCCUCCGACCUGCCGCUAAACAUUGAAUGCUUCAUGAAUGACAUCGACGUUAGUAGCAAACUUAACAGAGGCAACUUUGAAGAGAUGUGUGCGCCACUGCUGGCUAAAGUGGAGGGACCCCUGCGUAGUGUUCUCGAACAAGCCAAGCUAAAGAAAGAGGACAUUUAUGCAGUGGAGAUUGUUGGUGGUGCCUCUCGGAUCCCUGCCAUCAAAGAGCGAGUCAGCAAAUUCUUUGGAAAGGAGCUGAGCACAACGCUAAAUGCGGACGAGGCAGUGGCUAGAGGCUGCGCACUGCAGUGCGCAAUCCUAUCGCCUGCCUUCAAAGUGCGAGAGUUUUCCAUCACAGACGUGGUUCCGUAUUCCAUCUCUCUGAAAUGGAAUUCAGCAGCUGAGGAAGGCUUAAGUGAUUGUGAGGUGUUCCCUAAAAAUCAUCCUGCACCUUUCUCUAAAGUGUUAACCUUUUACCGCAAGGAGCCUUUCACCCUGGAGGCCUACUACAACAAUCUGAAGGACCUGCCAUAUCCCAAUCCUUCCAUCGGUCAGUUCACUAUUCAGAAGGUUUUGCCUCAGGCAUCAGGUGAGUGUUCGAAGGUGAAGGUAAAGGUGUGUGUGAACGUGCAUGGUGUAUUCAGCGUGUCCAGUGCCUCCCUGGUGGAAGUCCUGAAGACUACAGAGGGAGAUGAGCCCAUGGAGACAGAUAUCGCUACCAGAGAAGAAGAGAACAAGAUGCAAGUGGACCAAGAGGAGCAGAAAAGCCAUGCUGAUGGGACGAAAGUGAACAUGGAUAAGAAAUCUGACACAGAGGACAUGGAGACUGAGGAAAACAAACAGGAAAAGAAGAAUGACCAGCCUCCACAAGCCAAGAAACCCAAAGUGAAGACAAAGACUGUAGACUUGCCGAUUGAGAACAGCCUGCACGGGCAGAUUGAUAACGAGCUGCUCAAUCUGUUUGUGGAGAACGAGGGGAAGAUGAUCAUGCAGGACAAACUGGAGAAAGAGAGGAACGAUGCUAAGAAUGGGGUUGAGGAGUACGUAUAUGAGAUGAGGGACAAACUGCAUGGUGUCCUGGAGAAGUUUGUCAGUGAGGCAGAUCGAGAUGCUUUUAGUCUAAAACUUGAAGACACAGAAAACUGGCUGUAUGAAGAAGGAGAAGACCAACAGAAGCAGGUGUACAUUGAUAAACUGGCAGAGCUGAAGAAACUUGGACAGCCCAUCCAGGAACGAGCGAUAGAGGCAGAAGAGCGACCAAAAGCCUUCGAGGAGCUAGGACAUCAAAUCCAAAAGUAUAUGAAGAUUUUAGAGGCUUACAAAGCAAAGGACGAGCAGUAUGAGCACCUGGACGAGUUGGAGGUGAUGAAGGUGGAGAAGCAGACGAACGAGGCGAUGAACUGGAUGAACAACAAAAUGAAUGAACAGAGCAAGCAGAGUCUGACAGUAGCACCUGUUAUUAAAGCCUGCGAGAUUCUAUCCAAAACCAAGGAGCUCUCCUCCACCUGCAACCCCAUCAUCUUAAAACCCAAACCCAAAGUUGAACCACCAAAGGAGGAAAAGUCACCUGAACAGAACGGCCCGGUUAAUGGGCCCGAAGGCUCAGAGGCCCAGCCUAGCAGCCCAAAUGAAGACCAACCAGCUCCAGAGGCCAAAUUGCCCGAAAUGGACAUUGACUAACUCUUUAUUCACGACCAACGGUCUCUCUGCUUGCCUACAAAUCAUGACUGAAACAAGCUAGCUACUGUUAGGUUUGUUCUCAGAAGGCACUGCAAAUCCUUCCUGAACUUGUGUAUGGUUUCCAUUUAUUUUUCAGCUGUAUAAAAUAAGGUUGCAUAUUUGUUGGUCUUGUUCACGUUAAGAAUAUUUGAGCUUGGUGUGAGGGAUUCCAAUUACCUUAAGGAAUUAGACAGGUGAGUGUGACGUAUGUUUGAGAAAAUGCACACAUUUUAACUUGAUGGGUAUUUUUUUAGGUUUAUUUGAAAAAUGUCUUUGCUUUUAGUUUUUCAUUGUUGAAAUCUGUCAUGUCACUUUGUUCACCUUUUGGAAGCAAAAUGAAGUUUGGAAGCACUGAAAAGGAAUAAAAUGGAAAAAUAAAAACUUGAUGUUGAAAAGCUGCUUUAUAUCAAAGCCGA